AUGGGUUUUAAUGAAAGUGAAUCGGAAAGAAAGUUAGUUGUGUGUAGAAGUUUCUGCUAUUAUGUAUCUGUUUGUCUUGUCUGUCUGAUUUCUCUCUCUCUCUCUCUCUCUUCCACCUCUUUCUCUCUCUUUCUCCCUCUCUCUCUUUCUCUCUCCCUCCCUCUGUGGCUCUCUCUCCCUCUUUCUCUCUCUUUCUCUCCUCUCGCUCUCUCUCUCUCUUUCUCUCCCUCUGCGCGCUCUCUCUCUCUUUCUCUCCCUCUGCGCGCUCUCUCUUUCUCUCCCUCUGCGCGCUCUCUCUUUCUCUCCCUCUCCCUCUCUCUUUCUCUCCCUUUCUCUCCUUUCUCUCUCCUCUUCUUUCUCUCCCUCUUCUCUCUCUCUCCUCUUUCUCUCCCUCUCUCUCUCUCUCCUCUCUCCUCUCCCUUUCUCUCCCUCUCUCUUUCUCUCCCUCUCUUGUUCUCUCUCUCUCUUUCUCUCUCUCUCUCUCUCUCCCCUCUCUCUCUCUCUCUCUUUCUCUCCCUCUUUCUCUCUCUCUUUCUCUCCCCUCUCUGCUCUCUCUCUCUUUCUCUCCCUUCUCCUUUCCUCUCUCUCUCUUUUUCCCUUUCCCUUCCACCUCUUUCUCCCCUCUUUCUGUGUCUCUCUCUCUCUCUCUCUCAAGCUAAAAUCUGGUCAUUAGAUUGUCAAUUUCAUUGGCUUUUUGAAUUUUGGUUCUUCCAUUUGAGUGUACAGUGUCUUUCUGGGAUCAAAUGGCUGGCACAUUGCCUGCUCUGGAUUUCUUUUUUUCUCUCCUCUUUCUCUCUCUCUCUCUCCUCUUUCUCUCUCUCUCUCCUCUUUCUCUCUCUCUCCUCUUUCUCUCUUUCUCUCUCUCUCCUCUUUCUCUCUCUCUCUCUCUCUCUCUCUCUCUCUCUCCUCCUCUCUCUCUCUCUCUCUCCCUCUCUCUCUCUCUCUCCUCUCUCUCUCUCUCCCUCUCUCCCCUCUCUCUCCUCUUCUCUCCCCUCUCUCUCUCUUCUCUCUCUCCUCUCUCUCUCUAUCUCCUCUCUCUCUCUCUCUCCUCUCUCCUCCCCUCUCUCUCUCUCUCUCUCUCUCUCCUCUCUCUCUCUCUCUCCUCUUUCUCUCUCUCUCUCUCUCUUUCUCUCCUCUCCUCUCUCUCUCUCUCUCUCUCUCUCUCUCUCUCUCUCUCUCUCUCUCUCUCUCUCUCUCUAUCUCCUCUCUCUUUCUCCUCUCUUUCUCCUCUCUCUCUCUCCUCUCUCUCUCUCUCUCUCUUCUCUCCUCUUUCUCUCUCUCUCUCACAGAUCUCUUUUUCUUUUUUUUUCCCCUUCUUUCUCUCUUCUUCUUUUUCACUCAUUUGCCAUCCUCGUACAACAAAAGAUGGGCACUUGUCUCUCCUAUCUGUCUCCACGGACAACUCAUGCCUGUGACUUGACCAUCAAAUGGCCGCUCAAGGUCCGGACCAUGAAGGCAAGUUGCAUGGCUCAUGUUUUCUCUCACUUUUCUUCCCAUCCCGCCAAUCCUGUAUACCCCCUGGCAAGGCUUCUCCCUUUCCCUUCUGAGAAGGCAGGGUUAGCCUGGAGCUAUUGCAGGUGA